GGACAUACGAUUCACACAAGAAGACCAGUGAAAGACCAAAGUUGUAUACUUUAUUAUUCGUGAGUUGUCUUGGGAUUCUUCAACUAAAAUUCUUGGUAUGGGUGGAUUUCUUUCAUCACUACUCGGCGGCGAUGCCGCCACCGCUGCUGAAUAUCCGCCGUCGACAGAGCCAUCCCGAGUCUUGGAAUUUCACUCUGCUGACCGAUGGAGACUCCACUUCAACUCUGCCAAACAAUCUCCUAAACUGAUGGUUAUUGAUUUCUCAGCUAAAUGGUGUGGACCUUGCAAGAUGAUGGAGCCAGCACUUCGAGGCAUGGCUGAUAAGUACCCCAACGUUGAUUUCAUCAAAAUUGACGUCGACGAAUUAUCUGACGUGGCACGAGAAUUUGGAGUGCAAGCAAUGCCAACACUAGUGUUGAUGAAACAGGGGAAGGAGAUUGAGAGGAUCAUUGGUGCCAAAACUGCUGAGCUUGAAUCCAAAAUCAAUAAGCACAGGGAAUUACCCAAAUUUGCUGCCUAGACUUUUACCCUCUUUAUACGAUCACUGUAACCCAAAUUUGCUCGCUUGUUUCCUCAUGCAAUUGUAUUGUUAGUGCCAAACUUCUGUACUUUAAUAAGAUCAUGACAUGUGAAGAUACUCUCUUAUUUUUGGCUAA